AUGCCGAAGGCGUCCGCCGACCCGGUCACGCCGUUCCGAGGCUACUGGGACGAGGAGGAAGAGAACGCGCUCCGCGAUGCGGUGCAGAAGCACGGGAUCGGGUCGUGGGAGAAGAUGCGCCACGACGAGCAGUUCAAAGUCCUCAAGGGACGCACGGGCGUCCAGCUGAAGGACAAAUGGCGCAACCUCAUCAAGUUCCAGCACCUCCGCAGGGGGGAGGCGGAGAGCGCGCCGUAUAAGAGCGGCGCGAGAGGGCCCGCGCCGGGGAGCUCGAAGAAGCGCAAGGCGGACGACGACAGCAAGAAGAAGAACGCCAGCAGAGACGCCGGGAAGGGAGCCAAGGGCGUCAAGGGCGCGAAGAAGCUCACGGCCAAGGAGAAAAAAGCCGCCGCCGCGAAAGAGGCGGCGGCGGCGAAGCGAGAGAAGGCGAGAGCGACCGCGGCGAAGACGGCGCGGACGCAAGACGCGGUGCGAAGGAACCAAGAAGCCCUCGCGAAGAAGCUCGAGGCGUCGACGAAGGCGGCGAAGAAGGGGGGACCCGGCGGACCCGGCGUCAAAACCGCCGCGGGCGCGGGUGGCGCGUCGGCGGCGGACGAGGACAACAAGAAACCCACGUGGGGCGGCCCGAAGAAACGCUUCAAGACGGCGUACCACGACGCGGAGGACGCGGGCGGCGGCGCGACGGAUGAAAAGGGAGGGGCCGUGACUUCCGCGGCGGCGGCGGCGUUGAGCGAGGCGACGGAGGCGUCGCGCGCGGCGGAGCGCGCGCUUCGAGAGGCCAACGCCGCCGUCGCCGAGUCGCAGCGCGAGCGCGAGGGCGCCGUCGCCGCGGUCACGAGCGCGGAGCAAGUCCUCAUCGCGGUGAAGACGUCCGUGGAGGACGCGGAGGCGAUGUAUAACAACGUCCGCGAGGAGCUGGCGAGGAUGCACGCGUACGACCACGAGGAACACGACGAGCACGAGGAGCACGAGGACGACUGGGAUAAGUACCUGCAUUUCGGCGACGGCGGCGAGGAGAAGGAGAAGGACGGCGGCGACGCGUCGCCGAAGCGGAAGACGCCGCGUAAUUCCAUGCGGUCCACGAUGCCGGCGGGCGCGGCGGGCGGCGCGGGCGCGGCGGCGACGCCCGCGGAGCCUGGCGCCGCCGCCCCGGAGGGCGUCGUCGUCACCGCGGCGGAGGCGGAAGCCGCGGAGACGGCGGCGCGUCAGUUCCACGCGCUGCGCGGCGGCAUGAAGGACGUGGAGACGACCCACGCGGCGAACACCGCGCAGGCGUCCGCCGCCGACGCCGCGCACCACGGAGGCCACGCGCAUCACGGUGGGCAUCACGGGUUCCAGCCGUCGCUCCAGGAGGCGGAGCAGUUUUUGCUGUCGGAGCUGAAGAAGCUCGAGGCUGCCAACGCGGCGCUGAUGUCCGCGCGCGCGCGGCUCGCGGAGAUCGACAGGCGCCUGGCCGCGGCGAUUCAGCGCGUGGGCGAGUGCGAGAUGCGCGCUCGGAGGGAACGCGAACGCGUCGCGACGCUGGCGGCGGGCGCGAAGGCGGCGGGCGGCGGCGGCGGCGGCGGCGGCGCGUGGGGCGUCGAGGGCGGGCUCGACGAGCUCGACGACGACGACGACGACGAGGAGGAGGAGGAGGAGGAGGAGGACUCCGAGGAGGACUCCGAGGAGGUAGAGAGAGCGGCGAAAAAGGCGCGACGCGCGUCGCACAAGGAGGGCGGCACGAGCGGCGGCGGCGGGAAAGUCAUCGAGGACCGACGGUUCGGCAUCUACGACUCGCGAAGAUACCGAAUGGAGGGCGAGCCCGCGCCGCCGGAUCCGAGCGACGACGAGGACUCCGGGCCGCCGUACCGAAGUCACGAGCCCGCGACGCGCGGCCGUCCGCCGGGCUCGGGGAAGGGCCGCAAGAGCGCUCCUUCGGGGGCGAGCCGCGGGGCUCAGGAAGAAAAAGCGGGCGGGAAGAAAAAGUAUCUCUCGCACCAUCGCGACGGCACGAAGCUGUCUUCCGACAUCGAGGUCAAACCGCCGAGCAAAGGCGCGCGCGCGAGGGGGUACAACGGCGGCCGCGGCGGCGGCGCGGCCGCGGGCGCGGCGCGAGGCCCCGGCAGGCCGACGCGCGCGUCCGCCGAGGUCGCGGCGGAGGCGGCGGCGGCGGCGGCGGCGGACAAGCACCAGGGGUUCCGGUUCAAGGGCGACGAGCGUCUGAACGCGCGCGCGGGGCGGUCGUUCGUCGACUCCAACGCGGGGGUUCGCUCGUCCGGCGCGUGGAAGAUGAAGCGUCGGCGGACGCGGCAGGCCAUCGGACGGCCCGCGGUGGGUCCCACGUCGUGGGCGGCGGUGUGCUCGAACGCGCUGUGGCGGGUCGGCGAGCUCGAGGCUGCGAUCGCGCGCGACGACGGCGACGACGGCGACGGCGACGGCGACGAGGGCGGCGGGUCGCGGAUGGGCGGGUUCGGGUUCGGGUUCGGACGCGGCGGCGGCGGCGGCGCGGACGGGGACGAGACGAGCAGCGAGGCGGACAGCGACGACGGCGGGUUUGAGGGCGAGGACGAGGGCGACCUCGGGAUGGUGCUCGAUCUGCAGUUCGACGACGAGUUGGGUUGGGAGAACGACGUCGCGUUGCUGUGA